GGCCGCUGCCUGGAGUCUGCAGAGCUCGGCGGGGAGAGCUGAACCCCAGCGGCUCCGAGCGCGGACCCGGCCGAGGCGGCGGCGGAGCAGCAGAGCAGCGGAGCAGCGGCCCCGCCCCGGGGCUCCAUUGUUGCGGCAGCUGCUCGCCUCGGCCCCUCUCGGCCCGGGCGCCGCGGACCAGGGGCGAGCGCUGCCCGGGCGGCGGCCGGAGCAAUGGAAGAGUUAAUAGUGGAGCUUCGUCUCUUUCUUGAACUCCUGGACCAUGAGUAUCUGACGUCUACUGUCAGGGAGAAGAAGGCCGUCAUAACCAACAUUCUGCUGAGGAUACAGGCGUCCAAAGGUUUCGAAGUGAAGGAUCAUGCUCAGAAGCCAGAGCCCGCCUGCAGCCUGCCGGCACCCCCGCAGAUGCCCCUGCCCGAGAUCCCGCAGCCGUGGCUGCCACCUGACAGUGGGCCUCCUCCGUUGCCGACGACUUCCCUCCCGGAAGGUUAUUAUGAGGAAGCCGUGCCGCUGAGUCCCGGGAAAGCUCCGGAAUACAUCACAUCAAACUGUGACUCGGACGCGAUGAGCAGCUCGUACGAGUCGUAUGACGAAGAGGAGGAGGACGGGAAGGGGAAGAAAACGCGGCACCAGUGGCCCUCCGAGGAGGCCGCCCUGGACCUCGUCAAGGACGCCAGGAUCUGUGCCUUCCUGCUGCGGAAGAAGCGCUUCGGGCAGUGGACCAAGCUGCUCUGCGUCGUCAGGGACACCAAGCUGCUGUGCUAUAAAAGCUCCAAGGACCAGCAGCCUCAGAUGGAACUGCCGCUCCAAGGCUGUAACAUCACAUAUCUGCCGAAAGACAGCAAAAAGAAGAAACAUGAGUUGAAAAUUACCCAGCAAGGAACAGAUCCCCUUGUCCUUGCAGUGCAGAGCAAGGAGCAGGCCGAGCAGUGGCUGAAGGUGAUAAAGGAGGUCUACAGUGGGUGCAGCGGGCCGCUGGGCCCCGAGUGUCCUCCCCCAUCAAGUUCCCCGGUGCACAAGGCGGAGCUGGAGAAGAAACUGUCUUCAGAGAGACCAAGCUCAGAUGGGGAGGGGGUUGUAGAAAAUGGAAUCUCAGUGUGCAAUGGAAAAGAACAAGUUAAGAGGAAAAAGAGUUCCAAAUCUGAGGCCAAAGGAACCGUGUCUAAAGUCACUGGGAAAAAAAUCACCAAGAUCAUCGGUCUGGGAAAGAAGAAGCCCUCGACGGAUGAGCAGACCUCGUCGGCCGAGGAGGACGUUCCGACCUGCGGCUACCUCAACGUGCUGGCCAACAGCCGCUGGCGGGAGCGCUGGUGCCGAGUCAGGGACAACAAGCUCAUCUUCCACAAGGACCGGGCCGACCUGAAAACCCACAUUGCCUCCAUCCCCCUCCGAGGCUGCGAGGUGAUCCCGGGCUUGGACUCCAAGCACCCGCUGACGUUCCGGCUGCUACGCAACGGACAGGAGGUCUCCGUGUUGGAGGCAUCUUCUUCAGAAGACAUGGGCCGGUGGAUUGGAAUCUUGCUCGCCGAGACGGGCUCGUCCACAGACCCCGGAGCCCUUCACUACGACUACAUCGAUGUGGAAAUGUCUGCAAAUGUCAUCCAGACAGCCAAGCAGACCUUCUGUUUCAUGAACAGGCGUGUGAUAUCCACUAACCCGUACCUCGGAGGCUCCUCCAACGGCUAUGCACAUCCCAGCGGGACAGCACUUCACUACGACGAUGUCCCCUGCAUAAACGGUUCGUGGGAACCUGAAGAUGGCCCUCCUGCUUCCUGUAGAGAAGAGGUGCUUUAUGAUAACGCGGGCCUGUACGAUAACUUGCCGUCCCCGAAAAUCUUUGCACGCUGCCCACCUGCUGACAGAAAGGCUUCUAGACCAUCUGCUGACAAACUGUCUUCUAACCGUUACAAACACCCUGCAUCCUGCGGUCUGUCUUCUGCUCCGUCUGUCACUAACACCUCUGCUCUGGGGAGGGGGUCUCCCGGGCUCAACUCCCAGUUCAAAGGCAAAAAGCCCCCAGAAGCAUCUAAUGGGGUUACAGGAAAAGGGAAGACUCUGAGCAGUCAGCAGAGAAAAGCUGAUUCCGCAGCCAGCGUGAAGCGUACACCUUCAAAUGCUGAACAGUACAAAUAUGGCAAGAACCGGGUUGAAGCCGAUGCGAAGCGGUUGCAGACCAAAGAAGAAGAGCUGCUGAAGAGGAAAGAGGCCCUGCGGAGCAGGCUGGCCCAGCUGCGGAAGGAGAGGAGAGACCUGCGAGCCGCCAUAGAAGUCAACGCUGGCAGGAAGUCCCAGGUGAUCCUGGAAGAGAAGCUGAGGAAGCUGGAGGAGGAGUGCAAGCAGAAGGAGUCGGAGCGCGUCAGCCUGGAGCUGGAGCUGACCGAGGUCAAGGAGAGCUUGAAGAAGGCGCUGGCCGGCGGCAUCACGCUGGGGCUGGCCAUCGAGCCCAAGUCGGGGGCCUCUAGUCCGCAGUCCCCAGGGUUUCGGCACCGGACGCUGGAGAACUCGCCCAUCUCCAGCUGCGACACGAGCGACACGGAAGGUGCCGUGCCAGUGAACAGUGCCGCCGUCCUCAAGAAGCGCCAGCCGGUCGCUGGCAGCUCCCCGUGCCGUGGGCACGUGCUUCGGAAGGCCAAGGAAUGGGAACUGAAGAACGGAACAUAAAGGGAAGGCAGGAAUGCGUCCGCUAAAGAAGGCUUCGGACCCCCGGACGACGCCACCGUGGAAGCACCACCUGAAAGUGGCGUCAAGCGUCUGAGUCCUGAGUGCCGGCCCGGGGCCUGCAGCCUGCCUCACCUGCAUUCUUUCUACUGUGUAACGGUGCCCUUUAAAAAAUGUACUUGUAAUGCUUUGGUUUCCAACUUUGUUUUUAAAAAAAAAAGGGAAUGAAAAAGUACUGUGCAAGAAUCACGUGGCAAAUGGAGGAGUGACAUCUUUGCAACCAGUGAAAUGAUGGCUUUAACCAAUUUCAGCCCAGCCCAGGAAGGAGGACGAAUGGACUGGAGAGGAGCAGCCGGGGGGACCCGUGGAUGGAGCGGGGAGAGUUUGGGCCGCGAACCCAAUGUCCAAGCGGCGGGACAGACGUCCUCGCGAUAGGAGGGUCAGAGCUCCCUUGUCACCAUUUGUCCCUGACGUUGAUCAUCCUCCCCAGUGCCCUGCUCCCUGGUCACUAGAGGUCACAGAAUGAGAAAUGUGUGCUGUGAAGCAGUUUUUUUACCUUUUAUUCUUUUUCCCCCUUUGGACAGAUGCUUUUGUCACCAGGACAUGAAAAGCUGCCUUCUUUUAAGAUCGUUUCAAAAUUUCUCUUUUUAUUGCGUGUCACAUGUAGAUUUAAGAAUUUUCCAGAGAUUUUGUAUCUUAUUUUAUUAAUUAUUUGUACUGCUUUUGAAAGGCAACAGUGUUUUUAAUACUUCCUGGACGUGAGCCCUUUUCUCCCCCUACCUAACACCCAAAGCCUUCCUCCCACGUCAGAGCCGCAGGUGGCUCCCGAGACCCGGCAGCCGCACAUGCUGAGCUGGUUUGGGCCGAUCAUAUGUUUACUGGACGUUUACAGAUGUGUUAGGUUGGUGCCAUGCUUUGAAGAGGAAGCAGGUUCUGGAAAUUGUCCAGCCUCAGAAUCGUCGCAUCUUCGGGCUACGGAAGGGCCUGAGGGAACAUCUGGUCCACCUCCACUCCCCCUUCCUCCAGUUCAGAAUCGAAGCCAUGAAUGAGUCGGGGGCCUUGGGCGGCUGCCGCUCUCUCGGACAGUCCGGGGAGGUGGCACCCCUUCUCCACCUCCUUGCUCGUCAGUCCCCCGCAGCUCCUGCUUCCCCAGUUGAGUUAGUGGAGGUCCAUCACGCCAGCAUGCAGGACAUUAGGUCCCACCCACUAGAAAAUCCAAAUGGGGAGGCCAAGGAGGGAGCGAGCCCUCUAGAAAGCACCGAGCCUGUCUUCUCAAUGUGGCCUGGGAGUUGCUCCUCUCUCAUGUGUUUUUCUAGCAUCAUAGGAAGCUAUGUCUACUUCAAAUCAUAUGAAAACAAUUUUCUAUAAAAAUGAAACAGUUUGAUCCACCAUAGGUCUCCCUUUUCCGCAGCUGGCCUUUCUUACUGAGGAAAAAACAUCCUUAUAGGUAAAAUUUGGGGGAUCCAUCUACCUUGCAAGGUCUUGGCUGCCUUCUUAUCUAAGUUUCUCCAAGGAAGGCUGCUGGGCCACUCGGAUGGGCUGCCUUCUUUGCUCCCAAGAGCUGGGCCAGGUACUGAUGCUUCUUACAGGAAGAGAAAAAAGUGAGCCACUGUGUUCUUGACCUUAGCCUGGCGUAGGUGGGCAUUUCUAACCCGGUGGGGAAGCAGCCAUGAGAAUCACGGUGUAGCCAGGUAGACCUCCAAAGUCACCCAGCCUAGUUGCUUCAUUCUGCAAAUGAAGAAACUGGAGCUUUAAGAGUGCGUGUCUUGCCCAAAGACCCAGAUCCAAUUGGUGCCAGAGCCAGGGGUAGGACCCUGGGCUCCAGACUCACGGGGUCCAUAUUUUAUGCUUAAAAAAACCAGGUUUGUAAUUCGCUCUCAUACCCACAGCUAAGCCUUUUAGAGAGGAUGGCAAAAUUAAAUGAAUCCUGUUAGGUUCCAUGGAGCCCUUUUAAAAUGGGUCCUGAGGAAGAUAGAGCACUGACGCUGGGCUCCUUUGAUAUCAGAUGUUCCCCUUGAUUUUUUUUAGAUUUGAUCAGAAAGUUACUUUAAAGCAUUUGCUUCAAAGUAAGUUAUUUAUUUGUAUAUGUUCAAUAAAUAUAGUUUUAAUUUAUAUGUGUACAUAUUAGACACGCAUUAGACAUAUUGUCAGAAUUCUGGCGGGAACCUCACCAUCCUCCCCAAACAGCACAGCUGUCCUCCUGGUGAGCGAAGCCGGGCCGGGCAGGGAGGAGGCCCCAUCUCAUUCCUUCCCGGGGUGUGCCUGGCACGUUCCCUCUGCCACAUCAGAUGCCUUUUUAAAUGUCGCCCGUUGCUUUUCCCGAUGGUCGUGUUCACUGCUUGCUAGCAAAUGGCUAGGCGGUCCCGGCCGGAUGAGUGGAAUGGUGGACCACACGGCCAGGGCUGGCCCGAGGCCGGGUCGAAGGAGAGGCCACCAAGCCCUGUGGGGUAACGUUCCUUGGAACUCUGCUCCAGGAAGCUGUCCUCAGCCCUCAAGAACCUCUCCGUUCUUACAGUUUUCAAGGUUCACUAACCCACCUUUUGCCUAGCAACAAACACGAUGGCUAAAGGGCUGGCUUUGGCCACCACCAGCGUGGGCACAGGCAGUGGCGGUCACCUCCCCCACAGCCUGCAGAGGUUCUGGGAGGCAGAUCCAGCAGGCCGCUGGCUGCCCUCCCGCCCCCCGAGCCAAGGCUGCCCCUGCAGAGUCACUGAGCGGGGCGUCUGUGGUCCCCACGUGUCCGAGUCUCCCCAUCCCUGCAAGCAGGACCGUCCCUUGCAGAUUCUCCCUGGAGCUCUGUGGGUGACUGCGUACCAGCUGCCCACCCCGUGUUGUCCAGCCUGAUGCCCCAGCUCAGCCAUCGCUCUUGUCCCCACACCGCUCUGAUUUGUGGAGAUCCGCCACCUUUUGAAAAGUCUGUUUCACGUGCGUGUGUCCCAGGCUCUGAAGGCCAUCCCCAGAAGAUCACCCAUGUUUGAAUAGUGGCGACACGGGGACGUCCCUGCCAGGCUUCCCGGGGACGGCCGGGAGCUGCCGUCAUGGGCUUUCGAGCGGUGUGCGUUUUCUCAUGGUCACGCUUCAUCUUUCCAGAGAAGUCUGUUGAGUCUGUUAGCGCGGUGUCUGGGGAGGGGGUAGAGGGUGUGAAUUUGGCUUACCGUGCAGCAUUCAUUCCCAGUUUACUCGCUGGGUCACGCGACUGGGAACCCUGACAGGUUGCCAGGUCAAGGUGAGGCUGGGCAGAGCCUCUUCCACCUGAGAAAGGGAUCCGCUGCUGGCCUGACCCCGGCUGCCCCCACACUGCGCCUGGUGCUGUGGGCGGGGGCUGAUGCCUUGGGGCCCCCAGCGGACCCCUUGGUCGAGCAGAUGCUGGUGGCCAUCAAUGGCCUCUCCCAGGACAACGGCUAGCGGAAAGUUCUGUUGCAUCACGCAGCAGACAAGAUGCGCCCCCACGGCAGCAUUUCAAUGUGAAACUAUCACCUUCUUCGUUUCCUUUCUAGAAUACAUUUUUGAUGGGAAAAAUGAUUUCCGAUAAAUGGCAUGGUUUUAAAGAGGGUAGCCAAUUUUUUCAUUCUUGUUGUUUUUACUCUUGUUUUUAUCCCCACGAUGGGCUAGAUUCAAACUGUGAAAUAAACUAAAAUUCUUGUGCCAUGAGGCCUUUUUAAUCACACAACCCCUUCUCCGACCACCUCGGCCAUCCCAGCCAUGGCAAGACAACAUGUCAUGUUUAAAGAAAGAAAAUCUCUGUACCCAGGAAAUUGUCGGCAUCCUUUUGCCUCUUUGGUGAGGUAUUUCCAGUUAUGUUCUUCCAGAAAAUUUUAACUUUACAGUGUACAAGUAUUAUCAGGUAUUUUUUGUUGUUGCCACAAAAGAUAUUUUUGCAAACGUAUCCUUGGGUCAUAAUUCUUAGGGACCAAUGGUGUUUUUAAUAAGAUAAUCUUUCUAUUUGAUUUUCUAACAAGAAAGGAAAUAUUCACUUUAAACUUUAACAUCCAUUUUUAAAUUAUAGAUAUUCAGAAUUAAUUGACUAUGGCUAUAAGUUGUAAAAUGUUUUCAUAUUGAGAAUGUAAUUAUUUCCUUAUUGUAUUUUUUAAAAACUAAAGUCAUAUUUAAAAUUCUCUUUGAAAGAAACAGGCAAGAAACAGGAGAGAUUUUUUAAAUUAAAUAUGUUGGCAGUGCCCAUUUUAAAUGACUGUAAAUAUAUUAUCACUGUGUUUCUCAAUGUAUUUAAUUCAUAAAGUAAAAAAAUUUAUCAAAAGAAAUUUGCAAUGAAAAUGUUAGUUUUCAGUCCAUUUACCCCCUUUUGUAGUAGCUUCACUUGGAUUUUCUGCUUUACUGAUUUGAGUUUUCUACUGUUUUACAUGUUGUAGCAAACAGAUUGACUGGCGCCUUUUGGCGUGACCCAUUUGUGUAUUAUUAAUAAAAGUUUACUAUUCCAACCAGG